AUGACCGAUAAACCUGCUUCUUUCAAGAGCAUUCUUGCAGGUGUCCAGAGACUUAGAGAGUCUCAUGGUCCCGGCGAUGCCAGUUCAGGCGCUACUUUGCCACCGGAACCGGUGCCAGAGCCCAAACGUCCAGAUCCGCUCUCUGGCUCUGCGAAUGUGACACCUGUGCCGGUAAUCAACGCUUUCAAUCAACAGAAAACUGAUGCAGCUGCAGGCAAAGAACUUUCACAGAUUGAGGAGCGUAAGCGUAAGUGGGGCGAUGUAUCUAAAGGACCUUCUGGGAUCUCAGUCCACGGCAAAACAGUGCUUGUUAGCGCAUCACAACGUGGUAAUCCUUUACUGAGUAGCAUGACUAACACAAGUUGGCGCUACAUAUCACCAACUGGUGGCAAUAAAGUUCACUAUGACUAUUGUGUUCAAGGCCGCAACGUCGUAUUUUUGUCGCUGAAAUACCAUAAACUGCAUCCGGAGUAUAUCUCUAAGAAAAUUCAGCCACUUAUUAAGUCUAAAAACAACGUAAUGAUAUGUGUUGUUGACGUUGAAAGCUCUGAGAAUAUCCUGAAAGAUCUCAACAAAGCUUGUAUGUUCAAUGGAUUUGCGCUGCUACUGGCGUUUAACUUCGAGCAAGCAGCCAAAUACAUCGUCUUCAUGAACAAGUAG